UCAUCCACAGUUCAUGAUUUGUAAACUUAGAAGCCAAAUAAUGUCAGCAACGAACGCAAUUAUGCAAGUCACUCUUUGACUUUGGCUGUUUUAUAUCUUCAUGAAGAAUAUAUGACAUAUGACGUUUUUCGUCAGAUAUUUCAUUAUAUGUGAGGAAGUUUUCGAGCAAUGUGAGUGAUGCUUUUUGGAUACCUUCUACCUAGUACAAAUGUUUGAUUCCGAGAUAGGAAUGGAGGUCAACCAAACCGACACGCCACCCGAAGAAUCCGAAAUGACACCUCUAAUGCAAAUUGGUGGUUGGUUCACAUCCAUACACGGCUAUACGAGUCUUAUAGUUUGCAUAUUUGGGAUCACAACUAACAUUAUAAAUAUUACAGUUUUGGCGAGAAAAGAUAUGCGGAACCCAACGAACGCGCUUCUUUCUUGGCUUGCUGUUUCAGAUAUACUGACCAUGAUACCAUACGUUCCGUUUGUGAUACACUUCUACUGUGCCUUCCCACCACACGACAUGUCCCCAGAAAAAUAUUCAUACCCCUGGGCUGUGUACUUUUUAUUUUUGAUUAAUUUUGCCGCAACAACACAUACAAUAUCAAUAUGGCUUGGAGUUUCUCUGGCAGUAUUCCGAUUUGUGCAGAUUCGAUCAACGACCAAAGGAACUGUUGCGAAACGAAGACUUUACAAAACUAUUCAGAAAGUCAUAGCAUUAGUUUACGUCGCAUCAACGCUUAUACUCAUUCCAAAUUACUUGACUAAUGAGCUCGAUAAAAUUGUAUUACCCGAUAAUAGUACAAUAUAUAUGAUAAAGGACCUUAAGCUGGCUACAAAUGAAACGAAGCCUAUUGUGUUAGCUAACGUUAUUACAUAUGCAGUGGUGGCAAAACUCAUUCCAUGUAUUCUAAUGACAAUAUUUAGUGGAAGCUUAUUGAUAAGUAUGAAUGUAAAGGGAAGAAAACGUAGGCGGAGAUUAUCUGCGACGUCGACCAAUUUUCGGCGAGAAAAUAGGCAGGCGAAAACUACACGAAUGCUUCUGGUUGUGAUUAUAUUGUUUCUGUUUACAGAAUUUCCACAAGGACUGCUUAUUGUCCUCAGUGCGACUGUGCCUGACUUCUUUCACGAGGUUUAUUUGCCUCUGGGAGACCUUAUGGAUAUCAUUGCGCUUGUAAAUAAUUCCAUAAAUUUUGUAUUAUAUUGUAUUAUGAGCACACAGUUCAGAACAAAAUUUUUACAAAUGUAUUUUAAUAAAAGGACAUCAUUUAAAGACCUGGAGAGGACACAACUGACAACGUCUUUGAAUAAAACUACAUUCAGUACAGCCUAACCACCGUGGAUUUAUAAAAAUGCGUGUUUAUACUUUUGUCAUCAGGCCUAUUUAUUGUACAUGUACGUCUGUCCGUUGAUAUCAUAUUUGGGUUAAUUCACCUCUUCCAGACAGCGUUCAACAUGAAAUACUAUACUUCAUUCUUUCAUUCAAGUAACCUGAAAUGAAACGUGAAUACAGAAACAGUGUGUGAUGUCUUAAAAUGAUUUUAGUAGUAAAAACUAAAUGACUUGGCGACAUUCAUUUUAUUGCAAAAGAACGAAUGAGAAAUUUCUUACACUUGCAACUAUGCAUCUGCAGAAAUGUGAUUAUAUUUAGGUCGCGUAACAAAGUGUUAAAACUGUUGCUGAAACAUUGUUCUGAUUUUAGUGAUAUAUUUUAAUUGAUCACUUAUAAAUAGACUCACAUGUAUCCAAUUCAUUCUCGUCUCCGAUAUUUUGUCUCCGCACUUGCAACAUCACAUUGCAAAAAUGUCAUUCUAAUCAAAUGUUCAUGUGGAAUAAAUGUAAAAUAUU